CCUAACUCUUCUGCUACCAGCCUUUACCACGGAGGGAACUGCAUCAGGGCUUUUUCAAGUCUGUGUCGGGCAAAGAACCCAGACCAUCUCAGGUCGGUGCAUCUUCACAAGCACAUCGCGAGAGUCUUUCAGAUUCUCAACCUGGAGAACGACGAGCUCCAUCACCUGGCCAAACUGUUGGGCCACGACAUCCGGGCAGACAGGGACUAUUAUCGGUCGCCGGAGGCAGCGGUGGAACUUGCAAAAAUAGCAAAACUCCUUCUGGCGAUGGAAAAGGGCUCUCUUGAAAGAUUCAAAGGAAACUCUCUGGAGGAGAUUGAGAUUGAGGAUGAAUUGGAGCCCGAUGUGGAGCAGGGCAACCCUGAAAACGAGGAAUCUGAGGAGGACGAUGAAGAAUCAGAUCCUGUAGUUCAGUACAGCGAUGCUAUGGAACAACAAACUGUCCCAAGGAAGCAGAGAAGGCGGCAGACUCCUGAACAAGAUGCUGUGGAGCACAUUAAGGACUGCAGAGACAAACCCUUCCUGGAAGAAACGUUUAUUGACCCUGUUAAAGGGAGAGGUGUGUUUACCCGUGAAUCAAUUGAACCAUCGACCUUCGUAGUCGAGUAUCGGGGGAACAUCUCUUCCAACAAAGAAACCAGGAAGAAGAAAUGUCCUGAUACUCUCAACGAUUAUUUGUUUGACUUCUCAUGGAAGGGAAAAGGCUGGCGCAUUGAUGCUUCAAAAGAGGAUGGGACCCUCGGGAGACUUGUGAACGAUGAUCACAUAAAUCCCAACUGCAGAAUGAAGAGAAUUGUUUAUAAGGGGAAGCCACACUUGUGCCUGUUUGCAGUGAAGAAAAUAUCUCCAGGCGAGGAGAUAACGUACGACUACGGGGACUCCUCUUACCCGUGGCGCUCAGAAUUACAGGAAUCCGGUGGAGAACUGAACACAUCACAAACGGACCUAAAUGCUGCUGCACCUUCACCAGAGGAGGAAACUGUUGAAGACAUGGCAGGAGCCUCCAGUUCUGCAGAAUGCUGCUCCGAUGACGAGUACGUACCUGAGGCUGAACCGAGCAGCGACGAGGGUUUGACCAGCAACGACAAACACCAGCCCGUCGAUGCUUCAUGCGUCCAGCAGGAGGACGAGGCUGAUUACAGCUCCGAUGAGUUGACCUCUGAAGAAGAGUCCAAAAAGACUUCCUACAGAAACAGAAACUAUUGUUACGUUUGCGGGAAACCUCAAACUAAACUUGCUCGUCACCUUUUCACCCAUAGAAAGCAAGAGGCUGAAAUAGCUGAAGCGUUUAAACUCCCCAUAUACUCCAAGGAGCGAACUGUAAUACUGGAUAGGUUGCGAAACAGAGGGAAUUAUAAACAUAACGAAGAGGUUUUGAAGACUCACAACGGAGAACUGAAAGUGAAAAGAAGAACCCCAAACGUGUUCAUCAACGCUCAAACAUUUGCACUCUGUCUCUACUGUAAAGUCAUGUACUGUCGGAAGGACAUGUGGCGACACAUGCAAAGGUGUUCCUUGAAGAGGUCCUCAGAAUCUCCGACACGUCGCAGGAGUAAAGUCUUAAGUUUGGUUGCUGCUGCAGAGUGCACAGACCCCGAAGAAAUCUCGUCAGAUGUGAGUAAGUUAUUAAACAAAAUGAAGAGAGACGAGGUUACAUCUGUAAUUAAGAAUGAUUCCCAUUUACUGCAGCUGGCCCAGUGUUUGUGCCGCUUGAAUAAAAGUAAAAAAAAGAAUAAAGCCAACAUAUCGAUGAGGGUGAGGAUAAUGGGAAGACUCCUGCUAGCGCUGAGGAAGAAGUCCAUAGGUACCUUUGAAGAGGCCGUCAAACCCGAGAACUUCAGCAAAGUCAGUGAAACCGUCAGAGAGCUCACUGGUUUCAAUGAAGAGAAAAAGACCGCUUGCAGACAGAGUCUCUUGACGAGAUUCAUAAAUUCCCUCAAGAAAAUCGGUGAGAUUAACUAUGCCAGAGCUUUGAAAGAGGAGGCCGACGAACAGACAAUAAACGUCGCAGAGACGUUUGUGAAGCUGUGCGACAGAGAAUGGAGCUACGCCCACCCAUCAAGGGCGUGGUUGACGAUCCCAAACGCGCCGACCGUUCCGUUCACACGCGAUGUGCAGCUUUUCUGUCAGUGCAUGGAGAAGACGGCUGAGUCUGCCGUUGAAAGUCUGACAAUGUAUGAAAGCUCUCCGGUUUACACUGCACUCCUCAGGGUGACAGUUGCUCAAUUGUCUGUCUUAAACAAAAACAUGCAACAAGUUUCAGGAGUAACGCUCAAGUCAUUCGCAGAAAGGGACGAGAAUGAGCUUCAAGGAGACGCCGCUGUUGGCCAGUCGCAGUUUGAGCAAAUUCUGUCGAAGCACUCGAUGCGGAUCAAUCUCAUGACCACCAAGGGCAAAAAGGUUGCUGUUACGUUUACCCCUGAGCUGCUCACUGCAUUACAACUGCUCGUGAGCAAGAGAGAGUCGUGUGGUGUACAUAAAGAUAAUCCCUUUUUAUUUGCAAGACCUGGUGCUAAGUGUUCAAGUUUCUACUACGGACACCAGUGCGUCAGUGCUUUUGUAACUCGGUGUGGUGCAGAGAACAAAGCAAACUUCAGGUCUGUGUUUUUUCACAAGUACAUUGAAAGAGUUUUCCAGAUUCUCAACCUCACGAACGACAAGCUCGAUCAACUAGCUAAACUGCUGGGCCGCGACAUUCGGACCGAGAGAGAGUAUUAUCAGACGCCGGAGGCUGCUGCCGACAUUGCAAAAAUCUCACAGCUGCUGUCAGCGAUGGAGAAGGGAUGCCUGGAAAGAUUCGAAGGGAAAUCUCUUGAGGAAAUUGAGGUUCCAGAUGAACUGGAGCCAGAAGUUCUGGAGGACAGCCCCGAAAACAGUGGCGCUGAGGAGGACAUUGAAGAAUCAGAAAGUUCUCUUCAGCUGAGCGGCUCCUCUUCGGCAACAAAAAAACGAAAAGAACCCAGCAGAGUUUCCAGAGUUUGUCCCACGAAGAAACGAAGCCGAGGCCGGAGCAAGAAGCUGGAGUGUGAAGAUGAGGCACCGGAGCAGAAUGAUGAGGUGAACGCAGAGAAGGAUGACGGGUCAGAGGAAAUACCUCCGAGCUAUGAUGUCAAAACACCUGAGAAUACAGUGUCUCAUAGCAACGAAGACGCAGCGAAGAUUUGUUUCAGUGACGACGAUGAGGACAUGAAUGUGGACUUUGACAUGGACGUGGACACCGAUGACGACAGUGUCAGGAAUGAUGGAUAUGGUGACACAAUGCCUUUGAUACCAGAUGUAACAGAUGUACCAGAUGUGACAAAGCAGGACAACGACAGCAGUGAUACUGAGAAGGCCGAUGGCUUAACUACCAAGCACACUACUGCUGCGGACCUCGAGGAGACCAUGGAGACGGACGCAGUGAACCACGUGGGGGAAAAGCAUCGAAAGAAAAGAGGGGAACAAAAGAACUGUAUGGAUGUGGAUAGUAGAAGUUCCUCUGCCAUCUUAAAUACAGAAAAGAAGAAGAAAUUAUCAGCUGCUUUAACUGGAAUGAAAGAAGUGAAGAUAUUAGUAUCAAAACUGGACAUUGUGAGAGAAGUUGCAGACUCCAAUCCACAUUUCCCAGUUAUCAUCUGUGGGUGA